AUGUCGAGCGACGGUGACGAUCUGGACGAGGAUGAGAUGUUGCAGAUGGCGCUGAAAGAACAGUCGAAUCGCGAUGUCAAUUACCAGAAAAUGUCGCAAGGUAAGCAGAAGCCUGUUCGCAACUACGUCCAGCCUCCUGCGAGCGCGCAGCAGCGGCAGAAGGGGAUGGGUAAGCAAAGGAAGCCGUCGAUGGAUGAGGACGACGAUUCGGACGUGGAGAUGCUCAGCAUUUCAUCUGGAGACGAGGAUGAUCGCGGCCGCGUGGCUCCGAGGCAACGCGCAGGGGCUGGGAAAGACGAUGACAGGGCUUGGGAUGGGGAGGAGCCUGACUGCUGGAAGCGAGUCGACGAAGCUGCGCUGGCUCGUAGGGUCCGUGAAAUGAGAGAUACAAGAGCAGUUCCUGUGGUUAUAAAGAUUGACCGGAGGCCAAAAGGAAAAGGACUAACCAGUAUGCAGUCACUUCCCCGGGGCAUGGAAUGGGUGGAUCCUCUUGGACUGGGGCUAAUCAACCACAAAACGUUUAGGUUGAUCAGUGAUAAUAUGGUUAUUCCUCCUACCACCGAUGUGGAACCUCUUGAUCCAAGUGCUCGGGAAAAAUUAAACUAUUACUUGGAGGUGUUUGAUGCAAAACUUUUUUUAUCACGAGUACACCUGGAUACUAGCGCCGCGGAUUUGGAAGCUGGAGCUCUUACAUUAAAGAAUGAUCUUAGAGGACGCACCCAACAGAAAAAGCAGUUGGUCAAGGAGAACUUUGAUUGCUUUGUCUCUUGCAAAACAACUAUCGAUGAUAUUGAGUCAAAGAUGAAACGAAUUGAGGAAGACCCUGAAGGUGCUGGAACUGCUCACUUGUUUGACUGUAUCCAAGGAGUCUGUUCGGUUGCUAAUCGUGCUUUUGGCCCUCUAUUCGAGAGACAGGAGCAAGCGGAGAAGAUUAGAUCUGUCCAAGGGAUGCUUCAGAGGUUCCGAACACUAUUCAACCUGCCAAGUGCAAUCCGUGGAAGCAUUAGCAAGGGUGAAUAUGAUUUGGCUGUUAGAGAGUACCGGAAAGCAAAGUCUAUUGUUCUGCCUUCUCAUGUGGGAAUUCUUAGACGUGUUCUUGAGGAGGUUGAAAAAGUAGUGCACGAGUUCAAAACCAUGCUUUACAAGGCCAUGGAAGAUCCAACUGUUGAUCUAACAAGUCUUGAAAAUACUGUGCGGCUUUUGUUGGAGCUUGAACCUGAGUCAGAUCCCAUAAAGCAUUACUUGAAUAUACAGAACCGCAAAAUAAGAGGUUUGCUUGAGAAAUGCACUUUAGAUCUUGAAGCGCGAAUGGAGAAUUUACAGAAUGAGCUACAUGAAAGAGCAUUAUCUGAUGCCAAGUGGAGGCAAAUUCGGCAAGAUAUAGAUCAAUCAUCAGCUGCGGAUUACUCUCUUGCUGAUGAAAACGAUCACCUAGCUGGAGACUUAUUCCCAGAAAUGACUAGCGAAGAACUCGACACUCUUCGGGGUAGAUAUAUUCGCCAGUUAACUGCAGUACUUAUCCAUCAUGUACCUGUCUUCUGGAAAGUAGCACUUUCAGUUUCCAGUGGAAAGUUUGCAAAGUCUUCUCAAGUGUCUGCUGAUUCGAGUGCGAACAAUCCUGUUAAUAAAGCUGAGGAUAGAUUGGUAGAUUAUCUUGAUGAAGUUGCUGGAAUGAUAUGUAAUACACUAUCAGCCUACAAGUCUAAGGUCCUCACUGCAUUCAAUGAUCUUGAAGAAUCCAAUAUCCUGAAUCCCCACAUGAAUGAUGCCAUAAAGGAGAUUUCAAAAGCAAGUCGAGCGUUUGAAGCAAAAGAGUCGGCGCCUUCAAUUGCAGUCACAGUCCUCAGAACACUUGAAUUUGAGAUCUCAAAAAUCUAUAUACUCAGGCUUUGUUCAUGGAUGCGGACUUCAACAGAAGAUAUAUUAAAAGAUGAAUCUUGGGUCCCAGUAUCUAUUUUAGAAAGAAACAAGUCACCAUAUUCUAUCUCAUCAUUGCCUCUGGCAUUCCGUGCAAUUAUGGUUUCAGCAAUGGAUGAAAUCAAUGCGAUGCUUCAAUCUUUGCAAAGUGAAUCAGCAAAUUCAGAAGAUGUGUCGUCACAGCUUCAAGAUAUCCAAGAAUCAGUUAGACUUGCUUUUUUGAACUGUUUACUGGAUUUUGCUGGUCAUUUGGAGCACAUUGGCUCCAAGCUUACACAGAAUAAGUCAAAUCUUGGGAGUAUGCAUUUCCAAAAUGGAUAUUCUCACUCUCAUGAAGCAGCGGAGAGAUCAGUUGAUCCAGUUCCUGGAAGUAUCGUUGAUCCACAUCUUAAACUACUGAUGGUCCUGAGUAAUAUCGGAUACUGCAGAGACGAACUUGCUCAUGAAUUGUAUGGAAAAUACAAACAUAUUUGGCUUCACUCGAGGGGAAAAGUUGACGAGGACAGUGACAUUCAGGAUCUCGUUAUGUCUUACUCUGGCCUUGAAGAGAAGGUCCUUGAACAAUAUACACUUGCAAAGACAAAUUUGAUUAGAUCAGCUGCAGUAAAUUAUUUGUUGGAUGCUGGAGUUCAGUGGGGAGCAGCGCCUGCUGUGAAGGGUGUGCGUGAUGUAGCUGUCGACUUACUUCAUACUUUAGUAGCUGUACAUGCAGAGGUUUUCGCUGGUUGUAAGCCUCUGCUGGACAAGACUCUUGGUAUUCUUGUUGAAGGCCUGAUUGACAUUUUCCUUGGUCUCUUCAAUGAAAAUAAAACCAAAGAUCUCAGGGCAUUGGACCCAAACGGCUUUUCUCAGCUAAUGCUUGAGCUUGAAUAUUUUGAGACCAUAUUGAAUUCGUACUUCACUCAUGAUGCAAGGGAAUCGCUUAAGACUUUACAAGGUGUCCUAUUGGAAAAGGCAAUAGAAACUGUGACAGAGCCUGUAGAGACGCCAAGUCAUCAGCGUCGGGCUACUCGUGGAAGUGAUGAUGUGCUUCCAGAUGACAGAUCGGGAUCUAAUGUAUCACCGGAUGACCUAAUUGCUCUUGCCCAGCAGUACAGCUCCGAACUACUUCAAGCUGAGCUCGAACGGACAAGAAUCAACACAGCAUGCUUUGUGGAGUCACUUCCAUUAGACUCUGUCCCGGAAUCAGCCAAAGCAGCAUAUGCUUCAUUUAGAGGAGGGUCAAUGGGAGGGGCCAUGGAUUCUCCUAGCAGAAGCUUCAGAGGAUCACAGUCUGUUAAUUCACCAAGUUACAGGCAACGGCGCCGAUGAGCUUGUGUUUCUAUCUCCUUUUCCCCUCAAAUUUGUACCUGCUACUUUGCAGGUUGUUGUAUUUUAGUAAUUCAUGUUUCUUCUUUUUCCUCCCCUCAAUGAGUAAUUCCGCCAGUUAUCCAACUGUAGGUAUAUGUUUCUGGAAAUUGUUUUCUUUUUUUUAAAAAGGUUUCCCGAAAAUGUUUCUCAAACUUAAGUUUUGUGUAUUUCCGGAUUGGCUUUAUGUUGAGCUCUGAUGUGUUAUUCUGUUGUUUUCA